GUGUGGUGGGUGUCUUCUCUCCUGGUUAGUGCCAAACUCCCUGGGCAUGGAGCUGAUGGCCCCAGCCACCCUCUACGCUCUGAACGGCUCUUCCAUCCGGCUCAGCUGCACUUUCAAUUCCUGCUACCAGGUAGACAAAAAGCAGUUCUCCCUGAACUGGACCUACCAGACCUGCCCUAACUGUACUGAAGAGACGUUCUUGCAGUUUAAGCUGAAGGUUGUUCCUGUGGAGCUGAACCGUUUUGAGGAUCGUGUGGAGUUUACGGGGAACCCCACCAAGAACGAUGUGUCUUUCACGCUCCGCAAUGUGCAGCUCCAGGAUGAGGGACUGUACAACUGCUAUGUGAUGAACCCCCCUGACCGACAAAAGGGCCAUGGCAAGAUCAACCUCAAAGUUCUUACCGAAGAGCCCCCAGAGCGGGACUCCACAGUGGCUGUGAUCGUGGGAGCCACAGUGGGGGGCUUCCUGGCUGUGGUGAUCCUUGCCCUGGUCAUUGUCAAGUGUGUGCGGCGCAAGAAGCAGCAAAGGCUCAACACAGAUGACCAGAAGACUGAAGAAGAGGGCAAGACGGAUGGGGAAGGGAACCCUGAGGAAGGCAUGAAGUAGGGGGGCUUUCUACCAGGCUGGCCUCCCUGCCCUCCACUGUCCCUGGCCACUUCCCCCACGUACUUCCUCUAAAGCAAGGCGCUCCACCCACGACCGCAGAAAAGACUGGGGCACUUUCUCUCUCCCUCCACACCAUUGUGCUCUUGGGCCAGAGGCAGGGGUGCCUAUGGCAGUGUGGUUUUAUUUUGGGGGGGGGGGGGGGGGG